UUCUCUUUACCUCCUCCCCCCCCCCAAGCCAGGGGAACGGGCAAGGGGGGUUACGCCCGACGUGUUACCCCAAGUCGGACCGACCCCCAACAAUCAACUUCCCCUUGUAAACGGAAUACCCUUCGGAUAAUGCACGAAAAGGCGACAAGACAAAAGGCCGACGACCCAUGUGUUUUGUUAUUUUGUUGA